AUGUCGUCAGCACUCAGCUCGAUAUUCUCACAAUUGUCUUACCUUUUGGCAGAUUCAAAUUCGCCAAGCUCGGGUGAAUUCAUGAAUGAGCGUUUGCGUACCAAGGCGCUCCAUCUAUCUCAACAGCUCACAACAGCCCUUCAAAAGCCAGCUGAUGCUGCUCUAGAGCUAGGUCUACUUCCCACUAUAUCCAUAUGUGUCCGAAUCGGGGUUCAGCUGGGUGUUUUCACGAUCUUGGCCGAUAGCAACACGCCCAAGACAGCUCAGCAGCUUUCUGAUGAAACCAAGGCUGAGAAGCUACUGAUUGUCCGCAUAAUGCGUGUUCUUGCCACAAACGGCACUGUUGAGGAGAUUGGGAUGGAGAAGUACAAAGCCACCCCGAUCACUUGUGCACUGGCCAAGCCCGCAAUCCAAGCAGGCCACAUUCAUUUCUGGGACCAAUACGUGUGCUCUCUGUCCAAAUUUCCCCAGUAUCUCGAAGUCCGCGGUGCGGCAUGCCCCAGUGACCCCAACAACGGCCUGUUUCAAUUCUCACACGGGACGUCUCUCGAAUCAUUCGCACUAUGGCAGUCUAAGCCAGCCAUUCUCGAUAACUUCAAUACCUUCAUGGAAGGUGUCCGGGCCGACAAGCCCUCCUGGGUCGAAUGGUUUCCCAUCCAAGACACAAUCCUCGCCGGUUCUGACCCGGCGUCCGAUGCCCCGACUCUGGUUGACAUUGGCGGCGCGCGCGGUCACGAUUUGAUCACAUUUGAUGCGCGCUACCCGCAACCUCCGGGUAAACUUGUUCUAGAGGACCUCCCUUCCGUGAUCGAUGAUAUUCGAAGCCUUGACUCAAAGAUCAGGCGAGUGAAGUACAACUUCUUUCAGCCCCAACCCAUUAAAUGUGCAAGGGUGUACUUCUUCUGUCAUAUAUUCCACUGCUGGCCUGAUAAGGACUGCCUGAGGAUACUGCAGAACCUACGCGGAUCGAUGAAGAGAGGAUACUCCAAGGUCAUCAUCAAUGAGUUGAUCCUGCCAGACACAGGGUGCUCUUUCUACCCAGCUUGUCUAGACUGGGUCAUGUUGGGUCUGCAUGCAAGUUUUGAUCGUACUGCGGGUCAGUGGAAGCGGUUGCUGGAGACUGGCGGGUUCAAGAUUGAUAAGAUCUGGAUGCCUCCUGGAAAUGGGAAUGGAGUCAUCGAAGCGAGCCUAUUGGACAAUGGGCUCUGA